CUUGUAAUAAAUCCAAAGCCAAGCAAGAAGAUCAUCAAGCAAGCAACUAUGGGAAAUAUAUUCGCCAAUCUGUUUAGUGGCCUCUUUGCCAAAUCAGAAGUAAGAAUAUUGAUGGUCGGUUUGGAUAACGCUGGUAAAACCACAAUUCUGUACAAACUCAAAUUGGGUGAAAUUAUUUCAACGAUUCCCACCAUUGGUUUCAAUGUGGAGACUGUUGAGUACAAGAAUAUUAACUUUACAGUGUGGGAUGUGGGCGGUCAAGUCAAAAUUCGUACAUUGUGGAAGCAUUACUUCGUGAAUACACAAGGUCUGAUCUUCGUUGUGGACAGCAAUGACCGAGACCGUAUCGAUGAGGCGAGAGAGGAAUUGAUGCACAUCCUAGAGGCUCACGAUCUGCGAGUCUUGCUUAUAUUUGCCAACAAACAGGAUCUACCAAAUGCAAUGAAUGCGACCGAAAUUGGCAACAGGCUCGGUUUGCACACGCUUAGAAAUCACGACUGGUACAUUCAGGCGACGUGUGCUUCCAACGGCGAUGGACUCUACGAGGGACUCGACUGGUUGGCUACUCAGAUGAAGAACGCUAGUCGAUAAUUAAACAUAAUCUAAAACCACAAACACAACCUGAUAAAUACACAAGCAAAGCGGAAGCAGAAAGAGCGGAAAAACACACCUACAGCAGCAACAGCAACAGCGAGCGCGGGGGCCUUUGUAUUAUUUAAAAGGCUCUUCCCUUCCUUUUCAGCUCCUAUCUACAUAGAUUCUACAUACAUACAUGUUGUGAGUGAUCACUGGAUGAAAGUUUAUUCGAUCAGCCAGGGAGACACAUAUGGCCAAGCUAACGGUGCUUGUAACUGUUUAGAAAAAUGCCCUCCAAAUCUAUGCAAGAAGACGGCACAUACAUACAUAUGUAUGUAUGUACGUUCAUACGUACGAAUAAAGUUACCUUAUUUACUUAA